AUGGCUAACAACGUCGGUUCUGAGGAUGCUAGUCUUCUUGAUGAGCUCACGACUAUCGACGGCGACGGUUACGGCGUGUCAGCGUUAUCUAAGGAUCUACUUCGUGCCGUCGGACUCGAUGUCAUUCAGUUCCGGCGUAACCAACAAGUAGCCUACCGCGUCGUCGAGAGGUCUCGAGAUGUCCUCAACAAGAUUAACGGGCUGAUUGCCAAGAUUGAAGAGGCGGACCCGAACGCUGCCGAAGACUGGGACAACUUCGACCUCUACCAGGGCGGCAUCGAUUCUCUCGAGGAAUUGCUCUUUGGCCUUGCCGAUAUCUCCGGCGACGAGGCACAACGUUACUUGUUCACGCUCAACGAUGUCGUUACCUGCAUUUCUGACGUCGAGGCUUGGGCCGAGAACCGCAAGAAGUUGCGGGAGGCCGCGAACAAGCUGACGUCCGACCAGACGGUCGUCUCAAUCGCAGGACGCGAUGUUGAGCUUACCGAAGAGCUCUCCGAAGCCGAACUACAAGACGACUUAGCUUUCCAUAGCGACUUAGUCCGCAACAUCAAAGUACAUGAGAUUCACCGCCUCAAGCAUCUAGGAGAGGCCAAGGUCAUUCUUCAGAAUCUCGAAAAAACCGUCUCAGAGACGAAUUUGCAAUCGCUCAACGACGUCAACAAGUCCUUUGUCACCUACGCGGUCAAAUUCGCUUAUGUGGUGCAUGGUGCGAUGGAGAUCGCAGUCAAGCCAACGACCGAGGUCGAGUGGAAGGUGCAUCUGAAGUCCAAACUUGUAUGGGAAGCUGCUCAUGCGCUCGCACUGCAUAUCGCGAGCGGUGAUGAGACUUACGGCGACUUCACAACAUUGCAAGCGCGCUACGAUGAGUUCUUGACCAUCCUUCAGAACAUCCCCGGGGUCGAGACACCCAAGUCCUACCGCGAGUUAAUAAAGCUCGCGCACCAUAUCCACCGUCCGUACAGCUCGCGGGCUUUGGCGCUCGUCAUUCUUUGUCGCGCUCUUGUCGCGCUCUUCAACGACAAUGGCAAUCGCGUCGCGAAGAACGUCGAGCCCCUCGAAGACGUCUUCGAGGAGACUAUAAGCGCGCUCAGGAAGGCGAUCGAGACAUACCGCGACGUCAAGAUCUACGACUUGGAGGGUUAUGAAAAGGAUGAGGUGAUCCAAGCCUUCAACGAGGUUCAGGAGAGGAUAAAGGACUGCUACUCUAUGUUUGGCGCCAAGGAUAAGUGGACGGACGAUGCGGUUAAGAAGCUCCAGGCAGCAGAAGAGAAGGACAAGGAGCGCAUGGAGCGCAUGAAUGCUCGUCUCACUGCGACAUCAAAGAAGGCCGCUGAAGCCGAUCUCGAGGAUAUCUCCGUCGAAGUGACUGUCAAGGAGAACGGGCUGACCGUUGGCACUCCGAUGUCCGUGAAAGUCAAGCCAUCCGCCCGCCUCACUUUCGUUCGCUACCAAGUCUCGCGCAACCACCCCGCUGAAAACGCCCGCAAGUCCGCUCAGGACGGGCACUUCGAGAACGGCAAUGGCGACAAGAUCUCUUUGGACAAGUCCGUUCAAGAAGUGAAGGGCGACGCGGCCACCUGCGAACUGGUACUCGAGCUCUCCCCUUCCGCCUCCGAUCUCAGCCCCUCCGACUUGGCCUCGUCUGUAGAAGGGUCUGAGGAGGCCACGUCUACGAAAAGCGGCGCCUAA